GGGUCACGCUUGGAGCAGGGCUGCACUUGCACGUGGUGAUGUCUGCAGAGGGACAGGUCGUGCUUGCACCAGGGUGGUGCUUGCACCAGUGCUGCCUUUGCACAGGGGUGGGUCACGUUUGCACCAGGGCUGUGCUUGCACGGAGUUGUGUCUACACAGAUGUGAGCCACACUUGCACCAGGGUGGUGUUUUCACCAGGGUGGUGUUUGCACCAGGGUCCCUUUUGCCCCAAGGCUGUGCUCACACUCCAGGGCAGCAGCACAGUGGUGUCUUUGCACAAGCAUUCAGCCUUGCACCAGUGUUGUGCACGGCCAGGGUGGGUUUGCACGGAGGUGAAACUUGUUUGAGCCAGACCUUGCUUUGCACCAGGGUGGAUUUGCACCAGGGUUGGGUUCACACUAGGGCAGUGUUUACAUUAGGAGCGUGUUUGCACCAGGCUGUGCUUACUCCCGGCUGGGUUUGCACAGGGCAGGUUUGCCCCAGGCUGUGCCUAGAGAGGGCAGGUUUGCAGGCGCUGUGUCCGCGCCGGGUUGCGUUCACACCAGCGUGAGGGUUACGCCGGAGCCCGGCGCUGUCCGUGGUGCUGCCCCACGUGGAGCCACCUCCCACCGGCAGAGGGCGCCCUGGUGGGUGGGUGGGGCUGGUCUGGGGGUGCGAUGAGUUCGGGGGGUGGGGGAGGGGUUUUGUCUCGGUGGGCUCAGCCUCCCCCCCCACACCCCGAGAGUGACGCAGCCCCCACCGCUCCCCACCCGCUGGCUGCCCGCAGCCGGCAGGGUGGCACUUGGCUCGGUGCCAUCCGUGGGCUCCAGGGGUGACGCCGCUGCCCCAGCAGCAGGGCGGCCUGGCGAGGGGCUGUGGGGGAGCUCUCUUCUCCCCCAGGGAGCGCCAUGGACCCUCCUGGACCCCCCCACACCACCUAGGCAUACCUCUAGCUGGCACUGCCAUCCCACCCCCAGGGCAGCAGGAUGGCCCAGCAGCGCCAUGCCAUGCCCCCGCCGCUCAAGACGGAGGAGGACUACAUCCCCUACCCCAGCGUGCACGAGGUGCUGGGCCGGGAGGGGCCGUUCCCCCUCAUCCUCCUGCCGCAGUUUGGGGGCUACUGGAUCGAGGGCACCAACCACCAGCUGAGUGGGGCACCCGAGUCUCCCCCAGCGCCUGGCACCCGGGUGAAGCUUGAGGGCAACCACACGGCCAAGAUCUACCGCAAGCACUUCCUGGGCAAGGAGCACUUCAACUACUACUCCCUGGACCCGGCGCUCGGGCACCUCGUCUUCUCCCUCAAGUACGACGAGCAGGAGCACCUCCACCUGCUGCUGCGCACCCGCACCCGCACCCUGCACGAUGUGGUGCCCAUCUCCUGCCUGGCUGAGUUCCCCAACGUGGUGCAGAUGGCCAAGCUGGUGUGCGAGGACGUCAACGUGGACCGCUUCUACCCCGUGCUCUACCCCAAGGCAUCCCGCCUCAUCCUCGCCUUUGACGAGCACGUCCUCAGCAACCACUUCAAGUUCGGGGUCAUCUACCAAAAACUGGGGCAGACCUCCGAGGAGGAGCUGUUCGGCACCACGGAGGAGAGCCCUGCGUUCACCGAGUUCCUCGACGUCCUGGGGCAGAGGGUGCAGCUGCGGGACUUCAAAGGGUUUCGGGGGGGGCUGGACGUGACCCACGGGCAGACGGGCAGCGAGUCUGUCUAUUGCCACUUCCGCGACAAGGAGAUCAUGUUCCACGUCUCCACCAAGCUGCCCUACACCGAGGGGGAUGCCCAGCAGCUGCAGCGGAAGCGUCACAUCGGCAAUGACAUCGUGGCCGUCGUCUUCCAGGACGAGAACACUCCCUUCGUGCCCGACAUGAUCGCCUCCAACUUCCUCCACGCCUUCGUGGUGGUGCAGCUGGAGCAGGGCAGCACCCAGGGCACCCUCUACAAGGUCUCUGUCACUGCCCGUGACGAUGUGCCCUUCUUCGGCCCACCGCUGCCCGACCCUGCCAUCUUCAGGAAGGGCCCCGAGUUCCAGGAGUUCCUGCUGACCAAGCUCAUCAACGCUGAGUAUGCCUGCUACAAGGCAGAGAAGUUCGCCAAGCUGGAGGAGCGGACCCGAGCGGCGCUGCUGGAGACGCUGCACGAGGAGCUGCAGGCCCGCAGCCAGGCCAUGCUGGGGCUGGGCCCCGAUGACGACCGCCCCGAUAACGGCUCCGCCGCCCCGGGCUUCUUCGAGUCCUUCAAGUCGCUGCUGGUGCCCGGGAGCCGGCGCGGACGCCGCGGCAGCGCCAUCGGGCUGGGCUCGGUGGAAGAGGCGCUGCUGGUGCCCGGCAAGAGCCCUUCGCGGCGGCGGCCCGGCCCGCUCGGCUCCCGCCGCUCCAGCGCCAUCGGCAUCGAAAGCAUCCAGGAGGCACCGGCCGGCAGGGACAGCCCCGCUGCCACCCCCGAAGGCACCAGCUCCGCGCACAGCUCCCCGGAAAGCCGCCGGCACGCCGACAGCAGGGCCGACAAGCCGGAGCCGGUGGCAUUCUCCCGCUCGUCCUCCAGCGCCAGCAGCUUCGGCAGUGCCACCGAGGAGCCCAACGAGCCUGGCAGGCGCUGUGACCUGGCACUGCCCCCUCAGGAUUGCCGCUCGCCCCCGGGCAGCCACCGCGACGCCUUCACCGACCCCCCCUGGCCGGAUGACCCCCCCGGGACCCCCCCAGGCCGGCGCCCCCCUGACCCCCCCUGCCCUGAGAUCAAGAUCCAGCUGGAGCGACCCCCCCCGAACCCGGGCUCAUAGCCGCCCCCUGUCCUGGCGAGCUGGGGGGGGCACCGCUUCCCCCCCUCCCCGUGCCAGCCCCAUGCCAGGAGCCGAAGCCAUCGUC